AUUUCAGGCAUUUCUUGUAAAAUACAGAACCACCGGUGUUCAGAUGUAUUGAGUGUUUGCAGCAAAAUCAGCUGUAAUCGUUUAAACAAUUUUUUCCUAAUUUGUCUUCUUUUUUGAUUUUCACUUGUUCAUCUCAGCUUUGAUCCAAUUUUCAUUCACCGUAGUGGUGGUUUCAUCUUUGAAUCGCGGUAAUACGCCUAGAACCAGUAGUUUUAGCGUUGCCUCUAGAUCAUAAGUGAAUGAAAGAGUCCGUUCCAGAUUCAUUCUUUUCAGGACAAAGGCUCGACGUGGCAGUAGGGGUUCGCAAAGAUUCAUAUUUAUUAAAUUAGAAAUUUACUUGCAAAAAGUAUUGCGACCUUUUCACUUAGUUAUGAGUAUUUUUUCGGUAAGAAAACCGGUAAAAACAUGGUAAAAAAAGUUUUUUUUUGUUAUAAAUUGGGAUCACGCAGGUCAGUCAGCUCAAGAUUGAAUGGAAUAUUUGAAAUUCAUACACUGCACUGUUUAGCUUAAGUUUAGCUUAAUCUGCACUUUCACUGGCCACCGGAAGUUUCCCAUCUGGAAAAAUCUCAAAAACAUAUGUUCAAAAUCAUAAAUUGAAUUUCAUAAUUUAAUACCGACAUAAAAAAUCAUCCCAACUGAAAAAAAAAUCAAUAUAAUAGAGCUUCUAAAAAAUCAAUUUGAAAGUUAUCGAAAACAAUGAAGAAAAUUUCUGGCGCGUUUCUGAUUGUGACCCUUCAUGCUGUUUUGGUUGUGGGUCAAAACGGGGUUCUGGAGUGUGGUUGCUUCCAGACAGUUUCUGACUCUAGGCCGAACUCGACAUCGUUCGAGGACUCGAUGAGUACUUGUGUGUACAGAUGCAAAAUUGAGCCCACUUGCGUUGCUGUUGCUUUCAGUGAAGUGAAUGGCAAGUGUCAACUGCACAACAAGGAAACUGUAACUGUGGACCCUGCCAGUUGGCACUCGGACGCUUCAUGUUCCACUGGGGUAAAAGCGGAAGCUGGAAUGAGACUGUUCCUGUUCCAGUGGAGGUCUGGCAAGACCUAUGACUGCGACUACCUCUUCAAGAGUGGCGCUCUUCUUGGAAGCGGUUACACCACCAUUGACAUCCGAGGAGCUACAAUGGCAGUGUACUGUAGCAUCUCUGCUGACUCCACUUAUGCCCUAACAUACAUGGACGUUGGAGGAGCUGCAGUAGAUUCUGUUGUGGGAACUGUGGCAUUCAACCGUGUCAGACUGGACGUGCACCCGUGCAUGGUCAAUGUGGACACCACUGAUAUACUGGAGUCCGAUGAUCCCAAUAGUGGAAUCGAAAUCGGAGUCGUGUCUUCGUGCUCGAGCAGUCGAACCCACAGCUUCGAGCUCCAAAACACUCCCUUCCGCUUCGUCACGGGAUGGCACGAGAAGAUAGUCGUGGAUGGAACACCAGCAACGGAAGAGGACCCGAACGAAGGCUGGGCCGACUGGCAGAACGUGUCGGCUUCCUACACGAGUGAGUGCACCACACGGUGGAUGCUGACUAACGUGGACCUGGUGAAUGAGUUUGGAUACCAGCAGAUGAUUCCACUUGUCUUCAACCAGCGUUGAAAUCUGACACCGUCUCUUAAAAUUACCACGACUUCGGAUUUCCAUUUCGGACUGAUACAAUUGAUUAACAGCUGAAACAACUUAUUCAUAAAUCAUGGUUGUGCGAUCAAUUAUUCAAAGCGUGAUUUUCAUUAAAUUCAACGUUAUAACUUGUAUGCGUGUGAAGAGCUGGCUGAGGUUUUUAAUUUAUUUUGCUUGGACGCUUCAGAAAACUUUGGUAAAAAAUCAAU